CUGACAGAGUGCCCUCUCUCGCAGCUGCAUACAACGCGCAUCUCGUCCAUCUCGAUGAUGAGCUCGCUGCGGACAAAGUAUGCCCACGAGCUGGCCCAGGAGCUGUCGUUGCGUAGCCGCCUCGAGGCCGAGCUAGAGGGCGCCCAGGCACAGGCAAAGAUGCUCAGUGCCAUGCUCGCUCGCAGCGAGUCACGCAACGAAGAGCAGGACCGUCAGCGGGCGAUGAGUGCCGAGGAAGAGGUCAUGUGGCAGGAGGAGAUGAAGGGCCACGCCUCAGCCUAUGCCCAACAGCAGGCUGCCAGGGCAAGAGCAGCCCAGAUGGCACAAGCACAGGCACAGACACAGGUGCGGACGACUCAGACACCGGGCCAGGCUCAGACUGCGACAGCACGGGCCAAGCAGAACGGCAGCCCCGGCGUCGGCGCUGGCAAUGGUGGCCUGGAGGAGCCCUUUGAGCUCAAGGCAGAGCCGACAUCGCCCACCUUUGCCGCCACCGAGGCCGACGGCGAAGGCGCCGUCACUGGCUUGGGCAUCUCUGCCCCCAGUACCACUGCUGGUCCCCAGCCCACUCCCUCAGACCCGGCCCUGACGGUGGCCAGUGGCUCCGGCUCCGGCUCCUCGCCCCUGUCGACGAUCAUCAAGGAGCGCAACAAGCUGCUGUCGGACAAGCGCUACCUCAAGAGCCGGAUGCGCGACGCCGAGGCGCAGCGCGACCGUCUGGAAGCCGAGCUGCGCAGCAUGAGGCCCCUCCUCGUCCGCGGCGCGCCCUCCAAGAGCGCAGCGGCCAGCACCCUCCUGGCUUCGGCACCCUCCUCGUCGUCACUUGCCACGCCUGGCUCCAAUGCGCCCAACACCCCGAGUGGGCGGUCCCAAAAGAGGGACCGCAGCCGACGGCGGCGCGUGGCGACGAUGGGCGAUGCAGAGGCCGAGCAUCUCCUCCUGGCCGCCCGACGGCUCCGGGUUAGCCAUGCCAGGACGACGGCAGGCCGACCGCAGAGCUCGCCGAGCAAGCAGACGCCGCUGCUCGACGACGACGGUCGUCCACGCACGCCCCCGCCGCGAACGCCGCGCACACCCCGCACGGCGCAGAUGAGCAACACGCCUCGGCGGGGUGGCCACGACGGCGACGCGACCGUCAUGAUGACCGCGGGUGGAUCGCCGCGCAACGGAGCGAUGCUUCCCGUCGCCCACCACAACGGCGGCGGCAGUCCCUUGGCCCGUCGCAACGGAGCGUCACUCGGCCGAUGGGGCACGCACGAGCGCACGGACAGCAUGCGCUCCAACGGCGGCAUCGACGAGCUGCUCCAGGCCGCUCAGACGGUUCUCAACCCCGCCGAGCGGCCCACGCUCAGCAGCCAGGACCGGCAGAGCAACAGCAGGACACGGGGAGGCUCUGAUGCCGAGGAAGACGAGCAGGAGGAGGAAGACGGCGACGACGGCGAUGAGGCUGCCGUGUCUCGCCGACAUGCGUUCCCUAGCGCUGGUGGUAGUGGUGCUGCUGCCACUGGAGGCGUCAUGUCGAUGGCCAAGGGCAGUGCCAAUCUCAACAACGAAUCGCCAAAGCGACGGCGCGUGUCGACGAGUGCCACGGUCGGUGUCGAUCUGGCGAGCAUGUCUCCUGGCAAGCGCAUCGCUCGAUUCGGGACAGUCGAUGGCAAGCUCGGUGACGGCAUGAGGAGGCUGCGGACGAGCACAGAGGGCGCCGAGCCCCUGUACCACUCGGCAGAAGAGGCCGGGCCCAUGUCGUCGGGCGUCUUGAGCCAGUCGUCGGGCCUCAGUGCGCUGGACCUGCUUGCGGACCAGGCUGCAGCCAGCCAGCAGCCGAGCCAGAGCUCGGACCGGAGCCAUUCGACGGCCGAGGAGGAAGAGGACGAGCUCGAGGUCCGCUCCGACAUGUCGUACGAUGGCAUGGCCGUCGAUGGCGAGGCGCACUCGCACUACUACCCACGUGGAGCCUACGGCCAUAGCUAUGCGCAUGAAGAGAGCUACCGGCACAUGCAGCAGCAGCCACCGUCGUCUCAGCCCAGCUCACAGCAGCAGCAGCAGCAGCAGCCCUCAUCACAGGCGAGCGGCUACACCUACAGCACCCCGCCGCUCUCCCACGGAUGGACCUCGCACCAGCCAGCAGGGCCCCGCAACGGCGUGUAUGCGCCGCGGGGAUCCAGCCCUCCAUCAUCAGGACGCUACUCGACGUUUGGACAUGGACCACGCAUCUCGUCGGGCGACGUCCACCUCAUGUCCGCCGGCAAGGCCUCUCUGGCCAGCAGUGGCAGUGCACCGACGCUGAUGAUGAUGAUGCCCGAGUCACCCAAGGCGGGUCAGAAGCACAGUGCCCAGGCCAAGGGCGGCAACACGAGCCCAGACAAGCGGCUGCCCUAUGUCCGCUGGUCCGAGGAGGAGGACCGCAAGCUGCGCAAGGCCAUUGCUGACCACGGCCAGCGCUGGGAGGCCGUCGCCCGCGUUGUCGGUACGCGCUCCUACCACCAGUGCCGGCAGCGCUACCUGCUCAUGCGUCGAAAGGAGGCCGCUGCCAAGGAGUCUGCCACCAACAACUCGUCCUCGGGUCGCAGCUCCGGCAGUCCUGCGCGCCAUGCGCCGUCUGCCACUGCCGCCAGCUGAGGUGCCCGCGUCCACUUGCCUCUCUUCUUCUUCUCUCUCCUACCUUGAUCCCCUUCUCAUGUAAUUUUCUUUUCUUGUUGGCGCGCACACACAGAGGCAGACUGAUGUUUAGUUAACGUUCCGUAGCAAUAUUCCAGCAUCAUGAUGUGGU